CGCGUUCAUCUCACACAGCGCCAAGCGGCAGACCAGAGUGAGAUCUAUCUGCGAAUCUCCCCCGGCUGGAGUAGACCACACCAGACUCUGGAGCAGAAGUGCAGAUUAGAGCGAAAGGGAAAGAGUAGCUUACUAUUGAGGUUUAGCGCUGCCUGCGCUGUCGGAAGGCAUGCGCCCGGGACCGAGUGAAGGAUGUUGUUAAGCCGCUCGGAGGUGGUGGAGUGUGGGUAGUGCGCUCCUGAGGCUCGGGGACAAUAUCGCGUAAAAGCGGUCCUUCGGUACCCAACUAGUCCAUGUUUCUCCUCUUGUGGACUUUGCCGAUGAGUGUUUUUUGUCAACAUGUUAAGAGAGCGUUAUUUUAAUCGUUGAAAGACAACUGUUGGACAUAGUUUUGGUGACUGCAAACUACAACCAAGAUACAUUCUUGGAACGGUGCAGGUUGCCGGCGGAUUUUAUUUUGCGUCUCCAGAAUGGGAUCUUCUUCAGCAGACAUUCGAAACUGGCCGUUCUUAGACAAUUGAAUGUGAACUGGAAUAAUAUGCUUGAAGAGGAGAUAUCGCUACUAAAUCUUUUUUUUUGUUGAACAUUUUAUUUCAUAAAGUAGAAGGUUGUUUUUUUUGUUGUUGCAAGUUUUGAACGAAGAAAUGUGCGCAUAUAGAACUUGGAAUAUGAUAAUGAACCAGAGUCACUGGUAUUGAGAGUAAUUUCUAUUUUAUACAGUUUGUGACCUUAAGGAGAAAAUAAGGAGCAAGCUCGCCUGUGCAAAUAGCCUACACGGGAACGAACAAGGACACUACCUGCGUGCGUCUUCAGACGGCUUCUCCGCUCCCUUACGCUACAGUAAAGUUGGAAAAGGCGAAUAAAACCCGAAAUACAUAUUCGGUGAGUGUGUACACGUGAAGUUUUCACAACACAAUUCUCCAUUGAACCUAGGAAAAUAGUUAAUAUCUGUCUGAAAGCAUAUCGUCUCCUGGCGAUUUUUUUUUCUUCUUAAAUCAUUCGGAGACGGUUGGGAAAGCAGAGACACGCUCAGACGGCCGAUGUCAUGUGGGAUUGAUAGUAGAGGAGUAUGUUUGGGCAGGAUCAGUUUGGUUCUCAGAUUAAUAGCAGAAACCCUGGCCAGUCAGAAAGAAACAUAAACCAACCAAGACUGAACAUGAGCUCCCAUUAUAAAAGCCCCGGCUUUCAUUCCGGUGGCCCGACGGGAGCCGUGGAGCCGGGCAUGGGCCCGCUGAACGAGCCCCCGAUGCUGGGGCUCAACAUGAACAUGAACGGGGAGCAGUACGGUGGGUUUCACCCGCGGGGACACUCGGACAUGCAUGCGAGCGGCGGACUUCAACAACAGCCGCAACAGCAACAGGGACCCAUGCAUGGAUUUUUUAACAACCAACAACCUCAUCAAGGCCACCCUCACGGCCAUCAGCCUCACCCCCACCAACACCACCCUCACUUCGGCGGGGGCUUUGGAGGCCCUGACCCAGGCUCAUCCUGCCUGCAUGGCGGUAGGCUAAUGGGCUACAACAACAGUGGCAUGGGACCCCAGCAGGGAUUUGGAGAGGGCUUUGACCCCCUAUCUGAAGGCCAGGCAGGGGACGGCUUCUCCCAGCAGCAGCAGAGAUCUGGAAACAUGCCCGACUUCCAGCACCACGGCCCCCCUAGUGGCAACCAUGCAGUCCCUGCCCCCUGCCUCCCCCUGGACCAGUCGCCCAACCGGGCAGCAUCCUUUCACGGCCUGCCCUCCUCUUCCUCCUCCUCUUCCGAGUCCCACGGCUUGGAGCCUCGUCGGAUGCCCAACCAGGGAGCCGUGGAGGGUAUUGAGUAUAAUUUCCCCGGCGAGCCCCCGUCAGGACACUUUGACGUUCCUGUGUUCUCCCCCUCAGAAUCCGAUUCUCAGUUGCCCCAUUUCGGGGCAGGAAGGCAGGUGGCUGGCGGGAGUUUCCCCGGCAACCCUGCCAUGCCUCGGACCCCUGGGAUGCAGGGCAUCACCAAAGGGCACCAACAGCCUCCCUCUCAACCCCCGCAGCCCCCGCCCGCCCCCCAGCACGGGGUGUUUUUCGAGCGGUUCGGUAACGGCCGUAAGGUGCCUGUGGGGAUGGAGGGCCCGGGGGUAAACUCCAGACAUCCCCUCAUGCAGCAGCAACAACAGUCUGGAUUGAUAGCCCGGCAAAACUGCCCCCCUGGCCUCCCCCGGCCCCCUCAGCCAGAACCGGGUUCCUCCAAUCCUAACAUGCUGGAUGGUGGGGUCAUGAUGCCAGGCCAACACAACCAGUUUGAAUAUCCCAUUCACAGACUGGAGAAUAGGACCCUGCACCCCUACGGAGAGCCCAUGUUUAAUAUGCAACAGCCGGCGCCCCCUCCUCCCUCCCAGCAGCCCCCCAACCAGAGGCUCCAACACUUUGACUCUCCCUACAUGAACAUGGCUAAAAGGCCCAGGUUCGAGUUCCCCAAUGCGCACAGCGGAGAGGGCUGUGGAACGUGGGGCGGGGGCAUGCACACCCCUCAGGGCAUGGAGAACCACCUGUCCCCUUCCUCCUACCCGGGCCUUCCCGGGGAGUUCACCCCGCCCGUGUCCGACGGGUUCCCCCCGGGCCCACUCCAGCACGCCGGGCCAGAGCAGCAGUCUCUGCAGCAGCGCCAGAACGCCGCCAUGAUGAUCAAGCAGAUGGCGUCUCGGAACCAGCAGCAGAGGAUGCGACAGCCCAGCCUGCAGCAGCUGGGUCACCACGGCGACGUCCCCCAAGGUCCCAUGGUGCACGGGGGCCCGGUAGGGAGCAUGCCCCAGCCCGGCUUCGACCGGGAGAAUGGAGGACGGAUGCCCGGCUUCGAGGGGCACAUCCCCCACGUCACUCAGGAGAAUGCCUGGUUCCCCGGGUCCCACCCUCCGGGGGAGAUGAUGGCGCGGCGCAUGGGGGGAACCGGCGGCGAGGCCGGUGCCCACGACAUGGGUCUGCCGCAGAACGGAGCUGGCAUGAUGUUCAGACCGGGCAUCAACGGUAUGGGCAUGCAGGAGCCCAUGAGGAUACCGGGCGAAGGCCACGGACAGGCCCUCCACUCACCCGGCAUGCACUCUCAGUUUGGGGGAAACAUGGGCAACCUAUCCCAGAUGCAGUCUCCCGGAUCCGGGGUAGGGCACCCCAACGCCCCCCCUGACCGGAGACCGGCCGACUUCCCAGCACCGCCCAUGGGAGCGCAACCAACGUUUCCCUAUGGGGGGGGCAACCGUCAAGGGCCUCCACACAGCGCUCCUCAGGGUGUGAACACCUCACCAGGGAGCUACCCUCCGCAGUCUGAGUUCCCCCCUGGCCAGCGCUCCUCCGUCAGCAAGCUUGGGGCCCUCUCCCUGGGGAACUUCAGCAAAACCAGCACUAAAGACAAUGUUUUUGGGCAGAGCUGCCUGGCGGCUCUUUCCACGGCCUGCCAGAACAUGAUCGCUAGCCUGGGGGCCCCCAACCUCAACGUAACGUUCAACAAGAAGAACCAAAACGAGGGCAAGCGAAAACUGAGUCAAAACGAGCAGGACAUUAAUAGCAGCACAGCCAAUGGGACUGGCAGUGCUGUGGCGCCUGAGUAUUUUCAGAGCGGCACUUCCCAGAACAGCCAGAUGCCUGGCACCGGGAAUAGCAGCGUUAAGCCUGCAGGUCAAACCCAGACGUCGCAGGGGGAAGCCAGUGCCCUCUCCCCAAAUUACAACAUGGACGCUACCCCAUGCAGUGAGGGGAAAGCAACAACAGGGAGCGGGAGAGGGAGAGGGAGGAGGAAGAGGGAGAGUGGGCAUGUGAGCCCUGGGAUUUUUUUUUCCUCUGACAACGGCAACCCUGUUGUAAGUCCAGGCCAGCAGACACCAUCAGCUGGCGUUGGGGAGAGGGGUGGGGGGACGCCCCACGAGAAACCCCUCCCGUCCCCCUCAUGGGGAAAGGGAGGCGACCUGAUGCUGGGGGACCAGCCUGACCUCAUGUCCUCUCUGGACAGCGGUAUCCACAGCGUCACCAAAUCGGACGGGAGCUCACCACGCGUCGACUUCCCCGAUGACGUCAGCGCUCACUACAGCAACGAGGACGAGGUGUCCUCCAGCUCGGACGCCGGCGGAGGCCUGGCCUCCAAGCCCAGCCGCGGCGCGCUGGUGACCAGCUCUCCCAAGCUGCAGAGGGGGGAGCAUUGCCUGAUGAACGGACAGAAGCCCAUGGGCAUGGGCCUCACCAAUCACACUACCUCGACGCCAGAAGGCUACGGACUGAGCGGAGGUGGGGGCACCGGGGCCAACGGAGGGGGUCACCCAGGCACUCCCGGGAUGGAGCAGGUACGCACCCCAUCCAGCACCUCUGGCCAGGACGAGAUCCACCCUCUGGAGAUCCUGCAGGCCCAGAUCCAGCUGCAGCGCCAACAGUUCAGCAUCUCGGAGGACCAGCCUCUGGCCGUGAAGAACGGCGGCAAAAAAAACGGAGACUGUCCGUCCCAGAACGGAGACAAUGAGCUGGCGAGCUGCAGCCCAGACGCUGGGAAGAACUCAAUGGGCACUAUUGACCUUGACACACUGAUGGCGGAGCAGCACGCCACCUGGUACGUGCCCAGCGACAAGGCCAUGAUGGAUGGGGCCGAAGAUGACAAGGCCAUGGCACCCUGGGAAAGAACAAAGGGCCAGAGCAACGGCAAAGAAGUUCUGGCAGGAACGAGGACAGGAGAUGUGACCAAUUGCCUUGCAGCUCUCUCGCCACCAAUGUAGCGUUAAGCAGGUGAGACUCAAACCCGGGUGUUCUGUAGCACGCGGCCCAUCUGUACUCUGCAUCUGUCCAUGUAGGCCUUACAUUAACCUGGCGAGUGUUCAGUCUUCGCUUUCCACACAUCACUCCCGUCUUUGGGCUACAUCUCGCUGCUUGCACACAACGCUCGCUGUUGAGGCGCGAUCGAUAGCUAGUUAGCACAAAUCACUUCUCUUGACAGUUUCUCAUUUGAGUGCUGCACAUGAGAAGGGGCGGCGAAUUUGGGGGGAUUUUGAGACGGAAUCAGAAUGCCUACAUGGAAACCUAAUAAAUAGUGCACCACCAAGGAUAAAAGUCAGCUGAAUUUAAGAUCAACACAAAGAAGUAUAAUGACCAACUUUUAAUACAAAUCACAAUCAAUAAAUACAGACAACAUAGCUAAUUAUAUUAAUAUGCGUGUCUCAUACUAUAAUUAAUUUGAUCAUGUGACAGUUUCAUGUGUGUUUCCGACAGAUGUGCGGACGGUUCUGUUAGUUAAUCAACAUCUGGUGAGAUGUUAGGGCUUAGAGACACAAAUACAAGGAGCGAGAGUGGUUGAGUAAACCAGUUUUGUAGACUUGUGUUUUUAGGUAAAGUUGGGUUCAAUAGCCCGGUUUAGCAGGCAGUUGGUCAGGGGUGUGUGUGGAUGGGGGUGGGAGAGGAGAGAGGUGUAGUGGUGGACAUCUGUUCUUCAGCCUGUCAGUCAAACUGCUGGUCAGACAGGUCUUGAGUUAGGAGAAAAAGAAAAAAUCCUGUUUGCAAGCUUCUGCAAGCUUCCAUUAGUGUCCAGUAGCAUUCACAACGCUCUCCGCGACCAACUCUAUUUACGUCAAGAAUGCAAACACACCGGACGUAGUGAGAUGUCUCAGUCUGGUGGGUGAAGUGGUGCGUUUCCUGUGUUCCUGUUUAGCCUGUGUCCUUGCUAGCCAUGCUGUAAAAGGCUCCUUAGGGCCUGUUUCAAGGAAUAUUCUCCAGUAAUGGCCCCCGCUGGACCCACACUUGGCCCAGUCUGUGUGUGUGUUAGCGUGUGUGUGUGUUAGCGUGUGUGUUUGUGUUAGCGUGUGUGUGUGUUUAGCAUGUGGCUAAAACUCUUCACCAAGGUCCAGUAAAGUGUGUUGUGGAUGAGGGGUCUGGAUACAGAGAGGCCUUCACCACCCCCACACAGACACGGCGCUUGCCUUGUCGUCUAGAACAAACUGGCGUAAUUCACGAGCAACUCAGCACGUGGGUAAACAAAACCCGUCCAUAUAUUUGUGACGAUUUUCUUU